CCCUUCAGGUGGGGACUGAGUGCUUGAACCUGGGUCCUUAUGCAUGACAACACAUACCCUCUAUAGGACAGGCCCACUUCUUUCUCCUCAUCUUGGACCCAGUAAUCAGAGGAGACAAGAAGAUCACUUUCCUCUGGGUCACACCCCUGUCCUGAAGAAUGAUGGCGCGUCUGUGGGGUGGAAAUGGACUGAUCUCAGCUCUCCUUUUCCUGCUUGAACUCUCAGCAGCUACUGAAAUACCACUUUCAGUUCCACAGGUUCCAACCAUCACCAAACAGUCCAGAGUGCAAGUGGCCUUUCCUUUCGAUGAAUACUUCCUAAUUGAGUGUGAAGCCAAAGGAAAUCCCCAACCAAAAUUUACAUGGACAAAGGAUGACCAGUCUUUUGAGCUCUCUGACCCUCAGAUCAUUGCAUCCAAUGGCUCUGGAACAUUCAAGAUCCCAAAUGAGGGCCACAUCGCCCACUUCCAGGGCAAGUACCGCUGCUUUGCGUCCAACAGCCUGGGCGUCGCCAUGUCAGAAGAGAUCGACUUCGUGGUCCCAAGCUGCCCCACCACUUCUGCUAACAUGUUGUCAUUUACUUGUCAUCACUGAGUGGGUGGCUUCCAUGACCACAUCUCCCACUUAUGCAUGAGGCUCUGAAGACUGCUUCCAUUCUUCCUGAGCAUAAAAUGUCCAGCAUCUCAUGGCUCCAACAAGGCUUUACAGUGAGUCCUCAUGUACAAAGCUGUCAGUCAGUUUCCCUCCAGUGAGUGCUUCUCAUAGAAUCCAGACACAAAAGAGCCUCAAGGAAACCCAGAGACCUUCUAGAGAAUAGAAAUCUAUGCUUGAGCUGAGGUGGGAGAAUGGGCACAGCCAGCAGAAGACAACUCGUGGCAAUACAGUGUAACUGCUUCUAAAGAACGUCCAGGUAGUGGCACACCUGGUUAAGCUCGUAUAUUACAGUGUGGAAGGACCCAGGUUCAAUCCCCUGGUCCCUACCUGGAGAGGGGAAAGCUUCAUAAAUGGUAAAGCAAGGCUGCAGGUGUCUCUCUGUCUCUUUCCCUCUCUAUUUCCCCCUCUCCUCUCGAUUUCUCUCUGUUUCAAUCCAAUAAUAAGUAAAUAAAAAUAUCAUAAAAAAAAAAGACCUUCCAUCAUUCCAGCUCUGGUGACAGAGAUCAAACUGAAACUCUUAUAACAAAGUGUGUCUCUUAACUGCCAUAAAGUCGUUACAUUAAAGAUGUCGGAUAGCCUGUGCAUAUGUGUCAGACCAUGUGCUGUGAGAGAGAGAGAAAAAGAGCAAGGGAGGAGGGAGAAAGUGAAGGGGGAAAAAAAGAAAUAAAAAAGUAGAAGUCCAUCCAAAUGAAAAAUGAAAGUGAAUUGACUAAAAUCUUAAAAAAAAAAAAAAAAGAAAGAAAGAAAAAGAAAAGAGGGAAGGAAAGAAAGAAAAAAGGAAAAGAAAAAACUUUACGCUAUUUAUAGCACAUUUAAAUCCUACGGAGACAAAGUAGUUGAAACUAAAUAAAGAAAAAAAAAAAGAUAGAGACACUUUUCUGGAAUCAUGUUUUCCUAAGGAAGGAAGUAUGCAUAGGUUAUUAUCAGUCAGGCUUUAGUUUUAAAAAUCAUGGAUAUUUAAUUCACCAUUUAUAUGUAAUGUUAAAAUGUUCACCAUUCAUAUGUAAUGUU